CCUAUUAUCAUAUAGCCAGAUGGAGUUGACCAAUCAGAGGCCCCCAUUUCCUAUGGGUUAUCAGGCCGUAACCUGAAAAGUGGGCGGUUAUUAGAAUAACCGCCCACUUUUUGGACCGCACCAUUAUAGAGGGGACAGGACGCUAAUACUAGUGUUACGUAUUUAUCGAUUAUAUCUAUUAAACAGCGUAUUGUACUUUAUUUCGAACAAUUUAUGUUAAACUACAACACAAUUAAUAGAUAUAAAUGAUAUUUAAACUGAAAAAGAUUAAAACAGAUUUACAACACCCCCGCCAAAAGUGGUCUGUUUCAUUACGUCACCGCAGAUCCAGAUAUCGGACGAUUUUAUUUUUGCUGGACGCCAUCUUUUUUUUGCAUUCGAACCGCAAGUUUGUGAGCUUUUUGUUGGUAUUUUCGUCGUUUCUGUCGGCUAUGGACGGCGAGGUACCGCAGUUCUACGUGGAAGAGGUAUCUGAGAGAGAUCUUGACGCGUUGUUGAGGCCCUGGGAGGCCGAAACAGAACCUGAACAGCAGCCAGAACCUGAAGGCGCAGCGGAGAACACCACUGCCCGCUUCGCGACUUUAGAUGGAGAACAACUGGACGAGAUAGAAGGGGGAAGGGUGGAGAAAACCACCGAGAAGUCUACUAGGUGGGGCGUCAAGAUUUUCAAAGCAUGGCUACAGGAACGAGACCAUGACACAGCAUUUGAGCAGCUACCACCUGAGGAGUUGGCAGGUCUACUGAGACAGUUCUAUGGAGAGGUGCGCAAAGAUGACGGUACCCCAUAUGCUAAGGCAUCUUAUGCAUGUUUGAGAGCAGCCAUUCACCGCCACCUCACAGGACCACCCUACCACUGCAAGUACAACAUUUUGAAAGAUAAGGAGUUCCAAGCAGCUAAUAAUCUGUACAUCGGAGUGCUUAAGCAACUGAAGAGAGAUGGCAAGGACACUUGCAAGAGUUAUCCACCCAUCCUGGCAAGCGAUCUAAGAAAGAUGUUUGAAACAAAGAUUUUGAGUGUUGAUAACCCAUUGGCUCUCCAACGUCUUGUAUACUUCUACCUUGCGUAUUACCUGUGUAGACGAGGCAGGGAAAACCUCAGAAACUUUCAAAAGAAUGACUUUGUAGCCCACAUGGACGGAGGAAAGAAGUACUACACUUUGAAGUACAACGAGCACCAAAAGAAUCACCCUGGGCAUCUAUCCGGCGAUGCUCAGCCAACACAAAGACUGUAUGCUUCUCCCAAUAACACGCGUCCCUGCCCAGUGCAGGUGUUUGAACUGUACUGUAGUAAGCUGAAAAACAGCUGUCCAUACCUGUUCCAGAGACCAAAUCUACAGUGGAAGCCAGAGACCAAUGCCGAGUGGUACUAUGGUCAACCUUUAGGCCAUAACAAGCUUGGUUCAAUGAUGCGCGACAUUUCUCGGGCUGCGGGGUUAAGCAAACCCUACACUAACCACAGUGUCAGGGUUACGGCUAUUCAGGCACUAGACCAGGCCGGGUUUGAAGCAAGAGUAAUCAUGAGCAUAUCCGGCCACCGAAAUGAGUCGUCAAUAAGAAAAUACACUCAUGAUUCAACUGACAAGCAGAAAAAAGAUUGUUCCAGUGCACUAGGAGCAGCGCUUGAUGUAGACUCUCCUAACACAUGUGCCCCAGGAGAAGAGAAUGCUUCCUGCAGUCUGCAAUCUGUGCCGCGACCGGCUGGUAUCGACACACGUGCUCCAGGAGAAAGGAAUGAUUCCGGCAGUCUGCAGUCUGUGCCGCGACAGACUGGUAUCGACACACGUGCUCCAGAAGGGAAUGCUUCCUGCAGUCUGCAAUCUGUGCCGCGACCGGCUGGUAUCGACACACGUGCUCCAGGAGAAAGGAAUGAUUCCGGCAGUCUGCAGUCUGUGCCGCGACAGACUGGUAUCGACACACGUGCUCCAGAAGGGAAUGCUUCCUGCAGUCUACAAUCUGUGCCGCGACCGGCUGGUAUCGACACACGUGCUCCAGGAGAAAGGAAUGAUUCCGGCAGUCUGCAGUCUGUGCCGCGACAGACUGGUAUCGACACACGUGCUCCGGGAGAAAGGAAUGCUUCCUACAGUCUGCAAUCUAUGGCACAGUUAUUUGGUGGCCAAGUCCACUUUAAUGGUCCAGUUGCAUUCAACUUCAAGUAAAUAGAUAAUUGAUGUGCACAUAUAUUUGUUAUAUUUAAAGCCUUAGAACUGAACAAGAUCCAAACAUUACGUAAUGUUAAAAUGUCUUGUUCAAAUUGAUUGAAUAUCAUCUUUUUUAAAUGUGUAACUAUAUCAUAGGUUUGAAUAGCAACACACGUGUCCCAGCAGAAUGGAAUGCUUCCUACAGUCUGCAAUCUAUGGCACAGUUAUUUGGUGGCCAAGUCCACUUUAAUGGUCCAGUUGCAUUCAACUUCAAAUAAUAUAGUUAAUUGAUGUAUUUAUUAUAUUUAAAGCCUUAGAACUGAACUAUAUCCAAACAUUACGUAAUGUUAAAAUGUCUUGUUCAAAUUGAUUGAAUAUCAUUUUUCUAAAUGUAUAACUAUAACAUAGGUUUGAAUAGCAACACACGUGUCCCAGCAGAAUGGAAUGCUUCCUACAGUCUGCAAUCUAUGGCACAGUUAUUUGGUGGCCAAGUCCACUUUAAUGGUCCAGUUGCAUUCAACUUCAAGUAAAUAGAUAAUUGAUGUGCACAUAUAUUUGUUAUAUUUAAAGCCUUAGAACUGAACAAGAUCCAAACAUUACGUAAUGUUAAAAUGUCUUGUUCAAAUUGAUUGAAUAUCAUCUUUUUUAAAUGUAUAACUAUAACAUAGGUUUGAAUAGCAACACACGUGUCCCAGCAGAAUGGAAUGCUUCCUACAGUCUGCAAUCUAUGGCACAGUUAUUUGGUGGCCAAGUCCACUUUAAUGGUCCAGUUGCAUUCAACUUCAAAUAAUAUAGUUAAUUGAUGUAUUUAUUAUAUUUAAAGCCUUAGAACUGAACUAGAUCCAAACAUUACGUAAUGUUAAAAUGUCUUGUUCAAAUUGAUUGAAUAUCAUUUUUUCUAAAUGUGUAACUAUAAUUUAGGAUUGAAUAGCAAACUCGUGUCCCAGCAGAAUGGAAUGCUUUGUACAGUGUGCAGUCCAUGUUAGAGUUACAUGGGGACCAAGUCUAUUGUGAUGGUCCAGUUGCAUUUAACAAGUAACAUAAUGAAUUAACAUCUUUGUUAGUAUUUAAAGCCUUGAAACCGACCUUGAUCCAAACAUUAUUACUGUUCACAUUCCUUCAAAUUUAUUGCAUAUGUACAACUAUAAUUUAGGAUUGAAUAGCAGCACACGUGUCCCAGCAGAAAGGAAUGCUUUGUACAGUGUGCAGUCCAUGUUAGAGUUACAUGGGGACCAAGUCUAUUGUGAUGGUCCAGUUGCAUUUAACAAGUAACAUAAUGAAUUAACAUCUUUGUUAGUAUUUAAAGCCUUGAAACCGACCUUGAUCCAAACAUUAUUACUGUUCACAUUCCUUCAAAUUUAUUGAUAUGUACAACUAUAACUUAGGAUUGAAUAGCAGCACACGUGUCCCAGCAGAAGGGAAUUUGUCAUUAUGUUAAGCCUUGGAAGUCUUGAAU